AUGCGUCGUACCAGGAGUGUAAGUAACGAAGAUCUUUUGUACGAGGCAGAGAUAGAGAGACUUGUACGACGAAACAACGGUGACAGACGUAGGGUAGAGCAAGAAGCACAGGCAAGAGAGAGGCAGUUAGAAGUAGAAAGAGAGAUGGCAGAAAACCCGGAAGGACAGAAUGAUAAUGCCAACAAGACCCUUCGAGACAUGAUGUUUCCAAGCAACCUGAACCUCCGGCCUUCAGCCAUAGUACUACCGGAGAUCACUGGAAAUUGGGAAUUGAAGCAUACUCUUAUCCAGAUUUUGCCCAAGUACAGUGAUAUGCCCGGAGAGGAUCCUCAAAGGCAUUUACAAGACUUUGAGAUGGUAUGUGGAACAGUGCGCACCGCGAGUCAAGCCCUUGGCAAGUACAUCCGACUCCUCACUUUUCCGUUCUCUUUAUUAGAGGGAGCGAGGGAGUGGUUGUACGAUUUGCCCGAAGGAAGCAUUCGGACCUGGCAGGAGCUGCAGAGCAAGUUUUUGGAGCAAUACUUUCCAGCCGCCCGAAUCCAGAAUUUGAGAACUCGAAUCAGUAACAUCAAGAUGGGGUUGGGAGAAAUUCUAUAUGAGUACUGGGGAAGGUUCAAGCAGAUGUUGGCCAAAUGCCCACAACACCAAAUACUGGAUCAUGACCUUAUUCGGUAUUUCGUGGGAGGACUCCGUAGGCAAGAUAGGCAAUGGUUACACGCUGCAUGUGGAGGAUCGAUCCUCAACAAGUUCGCAGCGGAGGCUUUCAAGCUCAUAGCUGAUAUGGCCGAGGAAUCAAGAGAUGAGGAAGGAACUAUAGUCAGAACUACUCCGGUGCAACCUCCUUCUGCCCAAGAUGAAAAGCUGGACAAGUUGUGCAACAUGUUCGAGAAAUUCAUGACGAAUCAAGGAACACCUAAUCAAGGGAGCCCCAACAUUCGGAAGCCUGUGAAGGCAUGUCAACUUUGCAUGGCAAACUCACAUGCAACCGAUGAAUGUCCACAACUUUUCGAAGAUGAAGAGCUUAAUGCUAUUGGGCAGCAGCCGGGAGGAAACAACGGAGGGCAAAACCAGAAACCUUUUGAGCCUUACAGGCAGCAGAACAAUAAUCAAGGAUGGAGGCAACAUGAGAACCUUCGGUACGGCAACAACAACUUUUUGAGGCCAAACCAAGCGCAGACGACUAACCCACCACAAUACUCGCAACAACCUCAACAGGCAAGAAGAUCUUCCCUAUCAGAGCUUGUACAUCAAAUGGCCCAACAACAAGUGAAGUUCCAGCAAGAGACCGAGAAGUUCAUAAUGGAGACAAGAGGAGGAAUGCAGAAUGUGAACUCUCAACUAUCGCACUUGCCCAAGCAGUCGCCAGACUUGAAAGCAAGCAAAGGGAACUCCCAUCCCAAGUGGAGGUAA